AUGGCUACUACUUCAACCUCGUCAAGCUUUGGCCGACGGCAAUCUCUUACCUCUACAGGCACAGUUCGAUCAAGUCUCCGUCAAGGUCGACAGCCCCUUCCCGGUUCUCCUCAUACGCCCCAGCAGCGACAGAUACUAUCGUCAUACACCGGGUCUACUUCGCCUGGGUCUUCGUUUCGACACGAAGAGGAUGCGGUGGUGUUUGAACUGGGCUCCCGGUAUCUGCGUGCUGGGUUCGAAGGGGACAACUCCCCGAUCUGUGUCAUUGGUUUCAGCCCAGAGGGAGGUCGAAGGGUUGGCGACUAUAGGGGUUGGAUAAGAACUGGUGGGCAUGAGGGCCCGAGUUCGAAAAAUGUAUACAAAAGCGUGGAUGAAUGGUCAAAAAGUUACGAGCUUUGGAAGAUGGAUAUCCGAGAUUUUGACAUAGGACUUUUCGAGGACAAAAUCGAACGAACAAUUCGCGAAGUUUACAACAAAUACCUCCUCACAGACGCGGGAUCUUCGCGACUGGUUAUUGUGUUACCAUCAAUUGUUCCUCAUCCGCUUCUCGCAUCUUUCCUAUCAGCCAUGUUCAAUCGCUGGAGGUAUCCCAGCAUCACAUUACUUCCGUCCGCAGCCAUGGCAGCUGUUUCAGCAGGAUUGAGAUCUGCCCUUGUCGUUGAUAUUGGAUGGGAGGAGACCACAGUUACAAGCCUUUAUGAAUAUCGAGAAAUUCAAUCGAAACGAAGCAUUCGUGCUAUGAAAUUGCUAACCCACAAAAUGGGAGCUUUCCUUACAAAUCUAGAGAAUAAUUCGGGAGAUUACAAAAAAUCCGAUAAUAGAAAUGGCGAUAAUGAUGUAAUCGCUGUGAGCUUUGAGUGGUGUGAAGAAAUAGUAACGCGACUCGCGUGGUGCAAAACUAAAGGGAAUGCUAGGCGCGAUGAAAAGACCUGUACGGAAUCUUCACCGAAGGCAGAAGAUUCACGGUUAUGUGAUUCCAAUGUCAUUUUACCAUCAUCGCCAGGAGAUACGACAGCUGACAUGAAGGUUCCAUUCGUUAAAUUUUCCGAACCGGUUGAGGAGGCUUUAUUUGCCGGAAGUUCUGAGGCGAGAAACCUCGAUGAUGAAGAAAUGCCUCUUGAUCAUUUGGUCUAUCAUAGCCUUCUCGCUCUUCCGCCCGAUAUCCGUGGCGCAUGUAUGUCGCGGAUCAUUUUCGUUGGUGGGGGGUCGAAUAUUCCAGGUAUUCGCCAGAGAGUAAUGGACGAAGUGGACUGCCUUGUAGAGAAGCAUGGAUGGGACCCAGUUAGAGGCAUGAAUGUUAACACAUGCCCAAGACAACUUCAAGAAAUUUCUAGGAACCAACAACGGCCCGUUAGCUCCACUUCGAGUAGAGACACCCAAAGAGAUAACCAGUCAGAGUCAACUGCGAAUUUCGUUGACGAAAAGUUGGAGCGGGCCAACAAGGACUCUAACCCAUAUACCCAUGGGAUUCUGCGUCAGGUCGAGUCUCUCGGAUCCUGGGCUGGCGCCAGUCUUGUUGCCAGCCUCAAGGUGAAAGGAAUUGUGGAAAUCGAAAGAGAAAAAUUCCUACAGCAUGGUCUCGCGGGGGCAAGCCGCGACUCUGAUCUAACUCACAUGGCAGAGCGUCGAUCAGGGUAUGGUCCAGGUAUAGGAAGAUCAAGUGGAGAAAGGUCAAGUUGGACACUGGGCGAAUGGGGCUGA